UCAGGGACUUAUGGCAGGACUGCGGCGGACAUUCUGACACUGGGGGGGAACUGACUUGGAUUCACUGACAUCCCAGUUACACCAAUACAGAGAUCAGUGCAAAAAAAAAGCACUGACACUGUACUAAUGGCACUGGGCAGGAAGGGGUUAACAUGAGGGGUGAUCAAAGGGUUAACUGUGCUCUGGGAGUGUUUUACUUAGGGACCGGUGUCAGUGUGUUUCACUGUAAGCAUACUGCUUUGGAUGGCUGUGCUCUGCACAGCCAUCCAAAGCAGUGUGAUUGCACUGAUAGAGAGGAGAACUCUUAGUAAACAAAAGAGUUCUCCCCGUUGGAGAUUGUCGAAAAUCACUGGGCGCCGGCGAGUAAUCA